GCCUGCGCAUUCGUGAAGCAAGAGAGUAUAUCAGUCUUGAUAUAUGUGUGUGGUCUGAUUAUAUCUACGUAGGUACGUGUAGGUUUUUAAGAUAGUAGUAAAUCCUAUCCGGGAUAGAGAGGCACAAAGAUGCCUUUAUUUGGGAAAAAAGAUUUCGGCAGGAAAUCGAAAAAGGAUGGCCGAGACUCCGAAAAGCAACCGUCCAUCGAAGACAAGUAUGUGGUUAAAGAUUUGCUGGGAACCGGAGCGUUUUCCGAGGUGCGAUUGAUAGAAAGCAAAGAUAACGGGCAGUUGUUCGCGUGUAAAAUUAUCGACAAAAAAGCUCUUAAAGGGAAAGAAGAUUCACUAGAAAAUGAGAUUAGGGUACUGAAGAGAUUUAGUGAACAAGCAAAAGGCGAAGGGGAAGAGAAAAAGAUGUUUUCGCACCCUAACAUUGUCCAGCUGUUAGAAACGUACGAGGACAAAAACAAAGUGUAUCUCGUGAUGGAGCUGGUGACAGGCGGGGAGUUGUUCGACCGCAUUGUGGAAAAAGGCUCGUACACCGAGAAGGACGCGUCCAACCUUAUGCGGCAGGUGCUGGAGGCUGUGGACUACAUGCAUUCGCAGGGCGUCGUACACCGCGACCUCAAGCCCGAGAACUUGCUCUAUUACAGUGCUGAUGAAGACAGUAAAAUUAUGAUCAGUGAUUUUGGUCUGUCCAAAAUUGAAGAUUCUGGCAUCAUGGCUACAGCUUGCGGAACUCCAGGAUAUGUUGCUCCUGAAGUGCUUGCCCAGAAGCCAUAUGGCAAAGCAGUGGAUGUAUGGAGUAUAGGAGUAAUAUCUUACAUCUUACUUUGCGGAUACCCACCAUUUUAUGAUGAGAAGGAUGAAAAUUUGUUUGCCCAGAUAUUGAAAGGCGAUUUUGAGUUUGAUUCUCCCUACUGGGAUGACAUUAGUGAAUCAGCUAAGGAUUUCAUAAGGCAUUUGAUGUGUGUUGAUGUUGACAAGAGAUACACUUGCAGGCAGGCAUUGGCUCAUCCAUGGAUUUCUGGUAAUGAAGCUAGCAGCAAGAACAUCCAUGGCACUGUAUCUGAACAGCUUAAGAAGAACUUUGCCAAGUCCCGCUGGAAACAAGCAUACCAUGCAACAACAGUGAUUCGGCAAAUGCAGAAAAUGGCGCUCAGUAGCAGCGGCUCCAGUCGUAGCACGAACUCAAGUGCUCAGCUCAAACAAUAGCUGCCCUCCCCAUGACACGGCAAAUCACUUUCCUUACUGACAAAGGUACUUAAGAUUUAUUUCAUUUUUAUUUACUUAAUUGGGUUGGUGAUAACCAACGCCGAGUAACUCCAUCAUGCUUAUUACAAUUGAUAAGCCUGUUACAUUAAUUGAAAUUCAUUGUCAAACCAGUUGGCGGCAGACACGCCGAAAGAUCUGUGUCAUCGCUACGUUUAUAACGUUACUUACAGAUUUACAAGUACAUACAUUCGACUGGUUGUCUUAAUACUGGAACGGAUAGCUUGUUUAGCAUAUUAAUAAUAAUCAACGAACUGUUAUUAAUACAUAUUUCGGCUAGUCAUUAUAUCUUUAUCUGCUUGAAAAUAUUACAGACAUAAAAAUCUUAUAGUAAAUUAAUAUUACAUUAAUAAUUUUGAAACUGAUCUGAAACAAUGCCUUUCUUUAUGUAACACUUGAUCUCUCGUUUUCGCUUUUUAUAGUAACAACAGGAUUUUUUUCUGAACUUUAUUAUUGAUCAAUUUGAUGGGAAAAUCUGAAUGUUUUAUUAAAAUAUACUUAAUUGAAUUUUAACUGCCAAAAUUAAUGGUUUGACAACUUCCUCGAAUCUAAUACUUACUAGUUAACAAAAAGUAGUUAAAAAUAAAAUGAUGUUCUCUUUAAAGAUACUGAUUAAUAACUAUUGCUUAGGUAUGGUGAUAAUCACUUCUAAUAAUAAGGUCUGUUGCAAAAUUGAUUAGAAAUAAUUGAUAUAAAAUGACAAAAUAUUUACAGUUAUAAAUAUGGUUUACAUGUUGAGAUAUUCUUUUGUAAUUUCGAAUCUUCUUGAUAGUUGUUUGUAUUUAAAUAUAGGUAUGAAUGUCGGGCAGGGUACUUGUUUUGAAAUAAGAUGUUUGCUAUCUCUAUAUUUAACUGGUUGAACCAAAAUAUCUUAGGAUUCGAUUGGAAUAGUAAUUUUGUUUAGAACGGAGAGAUGGUAGCUGUGCAUAAUUAGCCGUCUGGACAGCUGGUAAACAUCUCGUAUUGAUUAGAAUCAACUGUAACAUGUGUUUCGACAGUCACCUACCCGACUCUAUUAUGCUAUUUCUAGAGUAAGUUUUAUGAUUCUAAACUUGAAUCCUUCCCAUAUUUUAUCAUUUUCAUAUUCCUAAAUACCUAUAUCAAAUACAUGUAUUAGCGUUUGUUAUACAAUACUGCAUUGUUGAAUUUAAUGUUCUUAUAAUACUCUGUAACCGUGACUAAAUAGUUGGUAGUAGUUCCCUAUAUUAUAUAAAGGGCAUUUCAUACGUUACAUAAGAAUGGGCCUAAUGUAAAUUUAUUUCAAGUACUUAGUAAGAACCGCAAUUAUAAUUAUUUGCUGUUGGAUAUAUUUAAAAGCUACGGAGUGGCAUUCGAACUAAAUAUCUGAUCUGAUUUGAUAUAUGACAUUACUCACUAUUGGCAUGGGCGAGUGUUCAUUGCUAUUGAUAGUACCUAAUGCCUAUCGUCAAAUGACGUUCAGACUUUUAUAUUCAAAUGUCGCUCAAUAAUGCGCGUUCUUUUUGCGAGACUGAAAUAAUUUGACAUUUUUGAAGCAUAUUCAGUGUUCGAUUGAUGUACUUACGUUUUCUGCUCUCUCUGCCCUAUUAGAAUCUCAAUCAGUGAUGGAACUUUUGACAUAUUGUCAAGCUACAUUACAUAAAACGACAAAUGUGUAAUUGUGUAGGAAUUCCGCUUUACUUAUAUUAUAUUAUCAAGUGACACAUUUCCUGUAUCUGUGUUUUACGAGGGUAUGAAUAUCAUAUCAAAUGUUUGACAUUCCGAUUAGGAUAAACUAUGAUUUUAUUCUAAAUUUAAAAAAUACGGUAACAUUCCAAUUUUCAGUAUUGUACCUAUGCAAUUUUUUUAUGCAUUUUAAAUGAAAUUAUGUGUUAUAUGUAUUCAGUUUAAAAAUUCGACUCGAAUUUAUUUAUUACAAAAAUGACAUUAUAUAAUUUAGGUGAAAGGUUUAGAUGCAUUGGGAUUAUUCAGUAAAGAGGGUUAACUCCGAAAUUUAGAAAAUCUAAAUCAACCUACCCUGAUUCUCUUCUGGCAUUAAUAGUCUCGACUAGAUGAAUUGCUUAUCUGACCUGCUGCCGUUCGAUUCAUUCGCUAAUAGGAUAUGUGUGAAUCUGAGCUAGGUCCUGUGUCAUCAAAUUUCAAAGGUUCACUUUAGUCCCUAUGUGCAUCUUAAGACAUAACAAGAAACAUAACUAUUUUUCGGAAUGUCCUUAGUUAAAACAGAAAAUACCCAGUUGUAUUUGUAAACACAAGUGUUUUCUCAAUGCAUUGACACUGUUUAACGAAACGUUGACCAAUGUAUCCUAUUAAGCAAUAACGUAUAUGGAAAAAAUCAUAACGUGUGACUAAGUAACGUAUGCGGAGUGAAAUCUGCACAAAGUUUGGAACAUGUAAAAAAUAAAAAAAAUAAAACAAACUGAAAUUAUAUCUAACUGCCAAUUUAAAGUCUAUAUGUAUGUCAAUUAAUCCGGUAAGUUUCAUGAGCAUUGCAUUCUUUCUCUUGAAAUUAUGGUCAAUUUAGAAGAACACCGUCGCGAAACUGUAUGUAAUUUCUCCAGUACUAUUUUCCUGUGGCCGUAAGCGAAGAAAGUGGAACAUUUUGUGGAAACUGGUUAGAGCUGAAGGUCUGUUUUUAAUAUUUUUGCGUCCGCUAGAAAAUCUGGUUCCGGGAAACAUUCCAGCAUUAGCUAGUAUUCUGGGAGAGAUCGUUAAAAAAAAGAAAGGCCUGGGUGAGUCACAAAAUCUUACAGAGAACUCACGAGAACAUUAAAAUGUUGUAGUAAAACUGUUUAAAAAUAUCUUAAUGGUAUGGGCAUCUGCAAACGUUUAAGAAAAGUUAAGCCUACCGUCUCCGAAAACAAUAAAAAAUGCUCUGAAAAUGCGGAUACGUCAUUUGGUCAAAAUUAAAAAAAAACAGCUGUUUUUGCAUUAUGGGAUUUAUGGGGGGCUAAUCAUAUGUCACUAAAAUAGAAAUUCAUGGCAAGGUAACUAUUAUUUUGAGAACACCAAUGGUGACCGACGACACCAACGAGAAUGUGAAAUACGUCGAGCAUACGAAGUUUCCUAAAAAAGUUUUUCUAAGGAAGAUAAAAUUGUAACUAAAAAAAUGCCAACAUUUGUGUUUUCGACACAGAUGCCUUUAAAUCAUCAUAACUGCCGUUAAAUAUCUCGCAUUGGAGUAAACUUUAUCUUACAUUUAACAUUGUUAAAUACGUUAUAAAAAACAUGAAUAUUUAUAGAAAAUAACCAUGUUGUUUUUAUUUAAUACGAUAAUAAUAAUUUUUUGCAUAUUUCAUUCACUUCGCAUACGUUACAAGUCCAGUCACGAAUAAUCCCAGUACACCUUACCUGUAUUUCGUUUCCGUGUUGCGUCCACAAAAUAAAAUCUUCCGUCCGUGUUUUAAAUUCCCGCGCAAUUUAAUUUCAAGUAUAUAAUAUAUCUAUAUCAAGAUAUUUGUGCAUGUUGUAUAUAUAUUAUGUUUGUAUUAAAUAUAAAACAUAAUAUUUAUUUAGAUAAAUGAAAGUGACAACAUUCAGCAACAAAAUAUUGCACCUUACAUAAGUACUUAGUGAUUUUAAAAGACAAAAUUUUAAAUACAAAAUGUAAUUAAUGGCUCACACGGAAAAAGAUGUAACAAUAAAAACAUAAUUCGUUCCGGUCCUCUUAUGAGUAAAUCAAACGAGUUUUGACGAGAAUACCAACAGCGACACACUUAAAAACGUGUCAAUAUGUCCGACGGUCAGUUUAGGUAUUUACUUUAAAAUUAAAUAUCUUGUUAAAUAACAAAAGUGUGUCCACCGCGGUAUUAAAUACCUACUUUUUUCUGCGGAUAUACAUGCGAUUUCGUUAAUUUGGUACACCGAAAGAUUUACAGUUCAACGUGCAUAUCUCCACUAUAGUAUAUUUCAAUCAAGAUAAUUUUACGUUAACAACGAAGUCAGAAAUGUAGCGACGGCAUGGCAUAACAUAAAUGAGGAGUGUCUUUUCAAAAGGACUUAUUUUUUAUAUGGACUCCUUACAAAUAUAAGCCCUUUUGAAAAGACACUCCUCAAAUGUAAUAACUGUGUACACAGUAUUUUGAACGAAGGUGUUACCUGUCUGUAGGCACAGCCCUUAACCAAAUGGACCCAGAGAGAUAUGAUACCCAUGGAGAUACGUUCUAAAAUCAACAUAGAAACUGGUUCCUUUAAGUUUUUUUUUUACGUUGGUUUGACAUAUCAAAUAGAAUCAUAAUUCUAUGCUGGCCUAGGGUUCCAAUUGGUUGAUCGCAUGCUUGUUAUUGCGCUGUUGACACUUAGCCUUACUAUACCUAUCUAACCCUAAAAUGACACUUAAUGUGUAAGUUCCCUUGUCGAGGGGCCUAUAUAGGUACCGAAUUGAAGGUACCGAUUAGAAUGCUAUUGCCGCGUUACUAUCGGUGUGAUGAAGGUAAAUGCUGCGGGUGCCAUUGGCGAGAAAGACUUGUCGCAACCUGGCAAGGCUUAGGCAUUGACAACUCGAUUUUCUGGGUCUGGCCUGCGAAUGUGGAGGGAUUGGCAUCAUUCUGAGAGAUGUCUAAAAAUAACAUUUCGUAAAGACUGUCGUUGUUAGAGUAUAUUAUUUGUGUCUCCAACAAUGAGAUCACUGGGAUCAGGUCUCUUGGUUCAGUUCUGGGUAUUGUCAAUGUCUAUAAAAAUCUAGAUUGAAAUUAAAUUAAUAAUUGCCAAAAAUGUACCUAAUACCAUUAUAUUAAAGCACAUGGAACACUGUAUCUGCCUGCAGUGGUAUCUAUUAUUAAUUUAGAUUUAUCAUUUUGAUGUGACAUAUUUUUAUGAAUUUAUUGGGACAUUUCAAUUAUUACUGUACCUAAGGCAUUUGUAAGUGAUGCUUCUGAAUUUAUAAUAAUUACAGCUUAUUGUUGUGAAGCAUUGCACUGCUUUAAAGGUCCUUAGUAUAUAAGUGUAGAGAUGUUUGAUAAAUAAUCUUAAACGUAUGUAUCUGUAAAUGCGCCUUAAUAAUCUGUGUAAUAUUAAUAGUUCUAUCUCUCUUUGGUAUUGUUAAUACUAUGUAACCAGGGGUGUCACUCAGGUCUCAAUAUGACGAGGUAUCAUAUUAAAUAUAGGGGUCAUAUUUAAUAUUGAAUUGCAUUUACCUUAAAAUCGUUCUCUAACUUACGUGCCAUUCUUUAUUUAUUUUUUGCCAUUAUUUCGUACUGAAUUCUAGAAACGAAUUCAAGUUUCAUCUAGGAUAUAUUUUUACCAGGAGAAUUCUAUACUAACAUGAAUAUCACACUUUUCCUGAAUGAAAUCGAUGUUGAAUUUUACCCGAAAACGGACACGCAUUCCAUGUAGCGAAUAUAUAGACUAUAAUAGACUGGCAUACCGACGACGAGAAACCAUUAAUCAGUUAACUCAAAUGUAGGUAAGCUAUGUUAGUCUCCUUUGUAUAUUUUUCAAUCAUUUGUGACCAUAAUAUAUUUUCAUAAACGAAUUUUAUAACAAGUAUGCUGUACAUAUUUAUGUUGGCUUCAAUUUUCAUUAACCCAAGGAACAUUUUCUAUAAAAUGUUUUAUUUAGUGAGGCGCUAACAUUAUUUUCCUAUGGAAUGAACUAUUGGGAUUUAUAAAUAAAUAUAACAGAAAAUCCCGGCCGUGCCAUAUGAAUUGAAGUAAUUCUAGAAUGUUUUAUUUUUGUUUAUAAGAAAUCCGAAUUAUUUUUAUAAUAUUAAUACGCACAAUGCUUUAAAAAUAAGUAUAUUAUCUAUAUAAUUUUAUAAAUGUUCUUUUAUGUACAAUUAAUGUAAUUUAAUGUAAGAAAACAUUUAAAAUGUAGUUAUCAUCUCUCAUCCCAUGCACAAACAGAAAUUUUCUCUUUACUGUAUUGAUACUACUUGUUUAUGAUUAUACUUACUCGUACGUGAUGUUUUUCGAAUACUUUUGGGUGCAAAAGUUUACCAAUGACAUACUGACAUUAGAAAAAUGUAUGUUUACAGUUCUCUUCAAUAUGAAAGCUUAAGAAUUUGAACUUUUGGUUAUAAAUGCAUUCAUUGUUUAAUGUUUUCUUUUUCUCUUAAGUAGUUACUGUCUUGGCCCUCUUUUGCUCCUAACUGUAUGUAUAUUAUAAGUGGUCUAUUUUACUGUUAGUGUUAUCACGUAUUUUAGCAUAAUUACACAUGUGCACUAGACGGCCCCGACCCGACAUCCACUGCGAUAUGCAGUUUACUCAUUCGCUAUUAUUAUCUACAGUAGAGGUGCCGAGAGUAGUCACCCUUGGAAACACAAUUUAAUAAUGAUCUGUUUUUCGAAUUAUUAUUUGGUAAUGGCGUACAAUAACGCUUCUUUCUCAUUUUAUAAAUGGAUAUAUUGUCUACUUAAUUGUUUAUUCUGUUUAAUUGUGCCAAAUCCAUAUCAUGAUCAGUGAUAGAAUUGUAUUCUUAAUGUUCGUACUUGUUACACUAUUACAUUAUCUUGUCGCAACAGUUAAUAUUGUGGAUGUUCAAGUUCCUUGUCACUUAAAGUUAAUCCUUUCGUUAAAUAUAGUGCUUAGUGUAAUCAUAAUCAUAUUUGCUAUUUUUCGAGGGUUAUUACAAUUACCUAUUAUGUUCUUAGGUGACACAUUUUAGUUUGUAAUGAAGCACAAUAGCGUAAGGACCGGGAAUAUAACGACACGGUUGACAGAACUGCCCCUCACCGCGGAGGGCGUUUGGUUGUGAAAGUUCUGCAUUCAUAUCUAUUUCUUUAUUUCAUUUCAACAUUCUUAAACAGAAAUAGCGAAAGAUACAUUUUUUGUGGGUCAAGAUCUGAUAACUAUUAAAUUACUACUAUCUUGUGAUUUAGAUUUUAUACUUCUUGUUCAAAACAAUCAAAAAUUUAUUAGUAGAUAUUAGAUGUUAGGUAUAUUUUCUGUGUCAUUGUAAAUAAAAUGCCAACUUGUUGAA